UGCGCGGGCGGCGCGCGAUGACCGCCGGGAGCGGGGCGGACGCUCGCGCCCCUCCUUCUGUCCCCGCCUGUGGGCUACCCCGCGCUCGGGCUCCGGAGCCGUCAUGGGCGCCGCCGCGUGGGCACCGUCGCCCCUGCUGCUGCGUGUGUCUCUCCUGAUUCUGAUUCUGCCGCUCCCGGGGCUGCCCGCGGGCUCCUGGGACCCGGCCGGUUACCUGCUCUACUGCCCAUGCAUGGGGCGCUUCGGGAACCAGGCCGAUCACUUCUUGGGCUCCCUGGCUUUUGCAAAGCUGUUGAACCGCACCUUGGCUGUACCCCCUUGGAUUGAGUACCAGCAUCACAAGCCUCCCUUCACCAAUCUCCAUGUGUCUUACCAGAAGUACUUCAAGCUGGAGCCCCUCCAGGCCUACCAUCGGGUCAUCAGCCUGGAGGACUUUAUGGAGAAGCUGGCACCCACUCAUUGGCCCCCUGAGAGGCGAGUGGCAUACUGCUUUGAGGUGGCAGCCCAGCGAAGCCCUGAUAAGAAGACGUGCCCCAUGAAGGAAGGAAAUCCCUUUGGUCCAUUUUGGGAUCAGUUUCAUGUGAGUUUCAACAAGUCCGAGCUUUUUGCAGGCAUUUCCUUCAGCGCCUCCUACAAAGACCAGUGGAUCCAGAGAUUUUCUCCAAAGGAACAUCCAGUGCUCGCCCUCCCGGGGGCGCCGGCCCAGUUCCCCGUCCUGGAGGAGCAUAGGCCACUCCAAAAGUACAUGGUAUGGUCGGACGAGAUGGUGAAGACGGCAGAGGCCCACAUCCGCGCCCAUCUCAUCCGGCCCUACGUGGGCAUUCACCUGCGCAUUGGCUCUGACUGGAAAAACGCCUGCGCCAUGCUGAAGGACGGAACCGCAGGCUCCCACUUCAUGGCCUCCCCGCAGUGUGUGGGCUACAGCCGCAGCACGGCGGCCCCUCUCACCGUGACCAUGUGCCUCCCUGACCUGAAGGAGAUCAGACGGGCCGUGAAGCUCUGGGUGGAAGCGCUGAACGCCCGGUCGGUCUACAUUGCCACGGAUUCUGAGAGUUAUGUGCCCGAGAUCCAAGAACUCUUCAAAGGGAAGGUGAAGGUGGUGAGCCUGAAGCCCGAAGUGGCCCAGAUCGACCUGUACAUCCUUGGCCAAGCCGACCACUUUAUUGGCAACUGUGUCUCCUCCUUCACCGCCUUCGUGAAGCGGGAACGGGACCUCCAAGGGAAGCUGUCCUCUUUCUUUGGCAUGGACAAGCCCCCUCAGCUGCGGGAUGAGUUCUGAUCCUGGCUGGAGCAUGUCACCAGUCUAAGCUGGUCACACUUGCCAGGCCUGACAGCCAGCAGUGCUCCCAGGACCGAUUCCCAAGGAUGCAAGCUCUUCCCCCUCGCCAGAGACAGGAAAGCACCAGGGACUUCUGGAGGAGGAGGACUCCAUCUCCCGGGGCACAGGGCUUUCAGGCUCCCGAGCCAGAGCGUCUCUAGUCCCUGUGUGCCUCUGCUGUUUCUCCUGGGGAUUUCUCACACUGGCAAAGCAGUCUGACCUCCAUCUUUUGGUCUGCCCUGCUCUGAGCAGCCUAGGGGGGUGAACUCUUCUCAGUGAUUUUUUUAUAUAAAGAGAGACAGAGGUUCUUAUAGUUUUGAUAUGAGGUCAUGACUACCCUAGAACUCUCCCUCAUUUUUAAAAAUCAGUGAAGUUCAUUACUGUAGGUAUCUAAAGUGACCUUGAAUGAGGAUGAGGCCAGGGGUGGAGCGGUUGUAUUGACCCCUUUUCCAGCUGACCCCCAAAGUAGCCCUUAGACUGGGUCAGAGCCAACCCCACUGCCUGGCCAAAGCCAUCAUCUACCCCUCUUCCGAGCCCAUUUCCAUGCUCAUUGGGGCAUGAGCACUUGUCUCAUUGUAAACACUAUGCAAGUAGAAGUUAGGAAUCAUGAUGCUGUGCACUGCUCUGCUGCAGACACGGAGUGCUGCCCACACAGCACGUUCCAAGUAAGGAGCACCUGCCAUCAAACGAGACCAUCAUGGUAUUGCUCUCAGAGUCUCCUGGUGCUUGGUGACCUGCCACAAACCUGGCUCCAUCGAGAUCUUGGAGCGUAUCACCAGGGACCAGCAGUGGAUGGCCUGGCGGCAUCCUUCUGAAGGCUGCCCUCUCCUCCUUUAUCUGUGUCCUAAGGGACCUGGUUGUAGAAUUUUGCCAUUAAGUUGCUGUCCAAAACCUGUCCCCGCAGCCUCCUGCCUGUGGCUGGAGCUCUGAGGCCAUAUUCUCACAAGGGAGCUUUUGCUAAGCCUCUGACCAGGUAGGAGAUACCCCUGACCCAGAAGCCAUCAGAUUCCCAAUCUGCCCUUUCCUGUCCGAUAAAAUCUCUGCCAACCCCAUGAGGCUUAAAGUAUUACAUUGUGCGGU